CAAAGUGUCGCAAAGCAGCUGGUCUCUGGAAGCAAUGUGGCGCCCCCGUGCGGCGCAUAGUGCAACGGCUGCGCCGUGGCCGUGAGCCGUAGCCAGCAAGAAGACGAGCUGCUGGGUAAACAACAGCGGAUACCUCGGAAGGCAGGAAUGGGAACUUCGUCGAGGGCUAACAGAUUUUUCCUCACAUGUGUGAAUAAGGACGGUGACACAAUUUGAAAAAAAAAAGGACUUAGAGCCAGACCUGCCACCAUGAAGAGUGAGGUGCCAUCUGAGGCCCCCAGCACACAGGAGCAUCUGAAGGAGCCAUUGGUUAACCCUGAGCCAAUGGAGGCGGCCAAGAGCUUCCCUAACAAUAUGGAGGUGAUCGGAAAAGCAGGUAGUGAAUUUGAAACCCUGUGUGAGUCCAGGCAUCGGCCCCUGAGGGACACAGGAACACACAGAGACUCGGAACGCAGCCUCCCUGGCCGCAGAAAAAGAAAAGGCCAACAGGCAGGACCAUCAGACUGCUCACUGAAGGAGGGCCACAUCAGUGAAAGCCCACUAGCCUCUCAGCGUCCGAGGGUAGAACUUUUACAGCACCCCAGUGAGGAUGAACACAAUCACGAGUCAUCUUUUAGUGACUGUGCUUCCUCCCCUUCCUCUAGCCUGCGAUUCGGGGACUCAGACACACUCAGCUCAGAGGAUGAAGGGGAAGCUGGAGCGACAGGGGGCCAACACAAGGCUCCUGCCCUGACAACAGGUGGGGCCACUGGACAUGUCUUGCGCCCUGUUCUGGGUCGAACUCGGGGGAAUCGCUCUCAUAAGUGGGUGCGGUCUGAGGCUGAGCCAGUGCUGCUGAAGCGGCCAUGUCUGAGCAGCCGACGGCCUCUGCAUAGGAAACGCUUUAUGAAAACAACUCCUGGAGGGGGUCAGCGGACUCAGAAGCAAAAGGAGAGACUAUUACUGCAGAGGAAGAAACGUGAAGUGAUUGCACGGAGGAAGUACGCUCUUCUCCAUAGCACCAGUAGUUCCAGCGAGGAGCUGAGUAGUGACUCGUCUUCCCCCUCUUCUACUGAAGCAGAAGAUGAGCUGUAUGUAGAUGUCAGCAGCACCAGCAGCCAGGCCAACAGUGCUACUGUAGCCACAGGUGCUUUAGAUGAGGAUGUGGUGGUGAUUGAGGCAACUCCAGCUCCAGCCCCUGCUGUCCCGGCAAGCGAGGAGAUCAACGUCACCUCCACAGACAGUGAGGUGGAGAUAGUCACUGUCGGAGAUGGUUUCAGGUCACGCUCGGUGGGGGGUCUUGGCAGGAUUUGGGCUAAUAGUUGCUCUCAGAAUCGCCUGCAGGAGCCACGUGGACGUCACAGACUCUCCACUGUUAUCCAACCACUGCGUCAGAAUGCUGGGGAGGUGGUGGAUCUCACUGUCGAUGAAGAUGAUCUCUCAGUUGUGCCAACGACCUCUAGCAGCGUUCACCCUCAAACAGUCAGGUCGUCCUCAUCAUCAUCUUCCCAUCAUGCCUCUACCUCAGAGCUCAAUGAUGCCCCAGGCCCUUCUACUAGCUGCCCAGGGUCAAUACCUGAAAGUAUGCACACACAGAGGCCAAGUGGCUCUUCUCGUAUAGCCACAGAGGAUGACAGCAGACCAGGUUUGUCAGGCACAGCAGGAGAAAAUCCUGGCACCGCCAUGCCCAGACUCCCGUCCUGCUGUCAGCAGCACUCCCCGUGUGGAGGCCCCUCUCCCGGGCACCUGUCACUGAGCCACUCCCAUUCAAGCUGCUUGCAGGCGUCGUCCUCUCAACAGACCAGCAGCUUGCAGCACAGCCACAGCAAUGCUCACCACUUCCUCCACCAUGUCCAUCACCCAGCACCGCAGCCCCCGGGGACCCUGCCCUUUCAAGAGCCCGGCUGCCCUGUGGAGAGGCCCAGUGCUCUGUCCGCACCCUGUGCUGGAAUCGGCAGCAGCAACAGUAGUAGUAGCAGCGGCAACACAGCCAUCUACCAUGACCAGCAAACUCUGCCAGUGGACCUGAGCAACAGCAGUGUUCGCAGUGGUGCAAAUACCGGGGCGAGUUUCCAUGGCAGCACCUCGGCCUUUGACCCCUGCUGUCCAGGCUCCACCUCACGGCCUCCUGCUUUCGUUUCUCAGGCCACCCCUGGGUCCAGCCAGCCCACCGUGGUGGACUCGUUCAGCUCCUCCAUGGUGGCUCAGCCGCAGCCACAAACACAACCCCAGCCCUGCAGACAUUACAUCCACCCAUCCUAUGGUUCUCUAGCACGCUCACUGCACCAUCAGCCCUCCUCUGCCUGUCCUCACUCCCAUGGGAACCCCCAGCUCACGCCUCAGCCGUCUCCACAGGGCGAUUAUGUCAUUCCCCACACGGUCACCUUUCACCCGCCACUGCCAUCGCACCCUUCAGGCCAUGCUGUGCCCCCUGCCCCUCCCCCUCCACUGUCUACCCACCACCUCUCUAGUUCAAGUGCUCCACUGGCCCAGCACCUGCCUGCAGACCACCAGGCCCUGCCACACCAUAUGCCGGCACUGGGAUCCUCCGUGCAGAGGCUCCAUCAACACGAGAUGCUGCAGAGGAUGGAGGUCCAGAGGCGCAGGAUGAUGCAGCACCCCACACGAGCACAUGAGCGUCCGCCUCCUCACCCACAUAGAAUGCACCCCAACUACGGCCAUGGACACCACAUCCAUGUGCCACAAACUAUGUCUUCCCACCCUCGCCAGCCAGAGCAGAGAACAGCGUGGGAGCUUGGCAUUGAGGCAGGAGUAACUAUGGCACCAUACCCUUCAGGCCACCUGCACUCCCACUUGCCCCACUACCACCCUCCCCCCAGACUGCACCACUUCCCCAUUUCCUUCAUGCACACUGGCAUAUCUGACGUGACCUACCCGCACAUUCGGUACAUCUCAUCUAGAAUGACUGGCUUCGGAAGAACCUAUGAGGACCUGCUGCAUUUAGAGGAAAGACUGGGGACUGUGAACCGAGGAGCCUCUCAGGGAACCAUAGAGAGGUGCACGUACCCACACAAGUACAAAAAGAAGGUGUUGGAGAGAGACAUUGACCAAGAGUUAACCCCUGAAGCUUGGGCAUCUAUUGGGAAAAAUAUGCACGCAACCCCAGAAUCGAGAAAGCUGCAUGGUAAGCAAGACGAGGACGAGGGGGCAGAUGAAGACACGGAAGAAAAGUGCACCAUCUGUCUGUCGAUACUAGAGGAGGGGGAGGACGUCAGGCGCCUACCAUGUAUGCACCUCUUCCAUCAGCUGUGUGUGGAUCAGUGGCUCCUCACCAAUAAGAAGUGCCCCAUCUGCAGAGUGGACAUUGAGGCGCAGUUGUCUGCUGAGAGUUGAUGCUGUUUUCUUCCCCUAACAACCCUUUUGUCGAAAGUUUAUUUUGAGAUCAUAUUCAUUUUCUCUUCAGUACUGCAGUCAACCAAAGAUGGCAUGAAUUACCUGUGCAGCUCCACAAUGAGAAGAUAAAAACAGAACAUCUGACAUUAACGCAUUGAGCCUAGAGUGCCAGCUACCACAUAUUACUACAGCUAGAAUUCUCCAUUAAGGGUUUAAGAUUUUAUUGUAUUUAUAAAGCUUUUAUGUAGCUUUUGAUUGUUUCCUCAAGUGUCAUUUUUUGGUUUCUCUGCAUGUUUCCUUGCAAUGCAUUUCUUUGCACAUAUAACACGGGCUUAACACGGCCUAACAAUUUGCAGGUGAGGAUAGCUGCUCUAGUAAAGACGCAUUUCUGUAAACUUAAUGCCUCGCUUUACUAGAAUAGAAUGUCAACCUUGAGUUUUUAAAAAAAUAACAAACAUUGCAGGAUUCAUUUUUACCAAUCAUUGUAUUGAUUAGUUUAUGUUUAGAAGAUGUGGAUUGUUAGUGAGAGAUGUUUUUUAAGUAAAUCAAGACAUUCCUAACUAGGGAAAUAUGUUAACAGAUCAGCUGCUGUAUUAGUGCACAUCCAGUAUUUCUAGAGUGGAAAUAAACUCCAAUGUUCACCUCACUCCCAGAAUAUGCACAUGCUUUGCUACAAUUACACCUCCCUCCUUCAUUGGACUCAAACACAGUUGCCACCACCAUCUCACGUAUUUCAGAGAACAAGGAAAAGAAUGUCGCGUCCCUCUCUUGACUGUUCUUUCUCAAGUGAACCAUUUUAUUUUGGGGGGUAUCUGCUGUGAAUCUUUUCUUCAUUUUGUUGGGGUCUCUCUCUCUCUCUCUCUCUCUCCUGCGGACAAGCCUGUUACAGUUUACUUGGUUUCUGUAAGAUGAUCUCAGGUCUGCAUGUGUGUGUAAGAAAUUUCGCAUGAGCCUGCAACCUGGGGUCAUAUUCUCAAUUUUAUACUGGCAGUGGUGUGGACUUUGAUUUCCAGUGUGUGUUCAGAGGGAAAUACACAGCUCAAUGUGGGAUUAAUAUUUACUGUUUGUUCUCGCACUUCGAAACCAUUUUAUCCACCCGCCCUUUUGUCUCUCUGUAGUCGAGCAGCAGUGUCCAUUUUGGCUGCUGUGGAAAGAAAAACACUAAUACUGUUGACUAACUCACUUGCAUAGACUUGCACAAGAGAGAAAAAGGUAGGAGAAUAGUAGAGAAUAUGACAGUGCGCUGAGGCCAUGUAUUUCCACUCUGAAGAAUAUGAAAAAAAGAUGAAAAAAAGAAGAUAUUUUGAACGGAGUGUUGAAAUGCAGUACUUAAAGCAGGUAUCCAUGCAUACAUUGACUCAAAGGCACCAGGAUCAUAUUCUGUGGGAUUUAUAUUAGUUUUAAAAAUAAUAAUAAACUUGGAUAACUCUUAA